GAAAAUUGUUCCAAUUAUUUGCAAAAAUUUUAAGAAUGGAUCUAAUAUAAUGUAUUUUUUAAGUAGGAUCAGUUGGGGUAAACGAGGACGAAAUCGCUAUUUUUCACAAAUUACGUAAGUUUCUUCCUUUAAAAGCUAAUAUUUGUGGGUUUAUAUUUUUUUAAGUAGUUACUUACGUUCCCUGGAUUAAUUUUAUGCAGCAGAAAAAAAUUUAGAUAAGCUUUAAACGCAUGAAACUGACUGUCCCUAUUUACCCCAAAAUUUAGAAAAUUUCAUAAAAUUUGGGGUAAAUGGGGACAGCAUAGUUUCUAUCAAAGUUUUAAAAAAAAAGUUUCCUUAAGUAUAUUACUGUAUUAAGGGAUGAAAAAAUUUGAAAAAAUCAAAAAAUAAAAUUUUUUAUAAACAAAAUGUUUAUUGUCACGAAAAUUUUUUGCAAACUAUUCUUACUUCCAAAACGAAAUUUACUUGUGUUAAAAUUUUAUUUCUUGUACAAUUUCAAUCAAUACUAAAUUUUUUCAAAUUUGUAAGUUUGGAUUUUUUUAACAUUUUAUUGUUAUCGGAAUGUUAUUUUGGGUUAGGCGCGUUUUCAUGAAUCCUGUUGAUCAAAAAACGAAAUGAUCUUCUUUUGUUUAUUGUAAUGUCAGCUGCUGUUUAGUAUAUCAUCACACGCAAAGUUUUUUAGCGAAAAAAUGACUGAUCAACAGGACUCAAAAAAACGCUUACCCAAAAUAACAUUUCGACAACAACAAAAUAUGGUGCAAUGGCUCGAAAAAUUUCCAAUUUUGUUAGAAAAAAAUUUUUAUUCUGAUUUUGAGGAAGAGCAAUUUCAUCUCCAAUGGGCUCAAUUGACUCAAUUAUUAAAUAACUUGAAUCCAUUGGGUGCGCGAGAGGAAAGCAAAUGGCAAAAGGCUUUACAUUCAUGGGUUGCAAAAAUCAAAGAGAAAAACGCGAAACAAACUUCGCUGAAUGAUUUAGAAGACAGAUUGUCUAUACUUUCAGUGAUGUCAGAGUCGAAAAAAGAAAAAAAAGAUGUCGGGAAUAAUUUACCAAGUUUUCUCAUAAAAGAUGAAUGGAAACCAUUGCAGUUUCCUAAUAAUCCACCUAUUUCUGUACCAUCAGAAAAUGAGACUGAUGAUGAAUUUGAAAUGUAUAUGCCACAAUUAAAACGAGCAAAGAGCACUUUCAGUGAUUCAACAUCAACUGCUAAAAGAACCAAAAAAAUUGGAGGAAAUGUUCUAAUUCAAAAAUUAUUGGCAUCAACGUCAUCGUCAUCGUCAUCGUCAUCGUCAUCGUCAUCGUCAUCAUUGGCAUCAAAGUCAGCAUCAUCCUCAAAUAAAAAUCGAGAUCACGAAAUUGACGAAUUGAGGACGAUGCAACACGAGACUUUGCAGGUGUUAAAAGAAAUUUCGACAACUUUAAAUAAACAACUUUCAAUCGCAAUUAAAACCCUUGAAGUUUUAAACCAAACAAUCAGUGAAACUUCUUAAAUAUUCCAAUCUCAUUUUUAAUUUUUUUUUAUUCUCUUAUUUUAUUUUUCUUCUCAAUUCAGUAAAUUUAAAUUUCUGUAUGUUAAUAAAACUUAUUGACAAAUAAAAAAAAGUUUAUAAUUAUAUAACCUUUUUAUUAAUAUUACUUUUCAUCUUUUCUUAGUUUUUUAGUUUUCAUUUUUACUCUUAAUGUCGAUCAAAAUUUUAGGUAUUUUUCAUAAUAAAAUUUUCCAUGCUUAAAUAUUUUUAGCCAAGAUUUAUUUUCCUUUCUCUAUUCUUUCUUUACAUUAUUAAUUUGUUAAGUUCUUUGAAAUUUUAAAAACAAUAUUUGACGAUGAAUUUAUCAAAUGUUUUUAAAUCUAUUUUUUCAAAUAUUGAGAUUAAACUGAUUUAACAUAUUAACCUUCCUGUGCAUGAGUUUUCACUCAAGAAGUCACUUCCAAAAGCAUACAUUUUUGACAACGUCGAAAUUCCACAUAGAGUUUUAUUCUAGGGGUUUUCGGAGCCGUUAAUCACAAAUCCUACGUCAAAAUUCCAAAAAUAUAAAAUUCAAAAAGGGCAGAUCCAAUAUGGCGGAAGAGUUUGUACAAAAUUAAUUCGGUUUGCUUAAAUCUUGUUACUCAGGGGUUUUGGAUUCGCUAAUUAGAAAUUCGAUGUCAGAAUUAAAAAA